AUGCCCGACUUGCAUUGCUCGUUCGCGGUGCUGGGGACGACAGACAACCCCUGGGCGGACAUGCACGUCCUCUUGCACGCGCAGAUGUACCCGCCCUUUCGAAGAGGAUUCACGGCCAGGGUUGCGGUACUGGUUGUCCUCCUCGUCCUCCUCAUCCUCGUCUCCUUCGCCUAUCUCACCGUGACUGUGCGGGACGUGCGAAGAAAGGGUCGGGAUAUCUGGGUCAUGAAGGUGGUCGAGCGGCCAGCCGGCCGCUACCUCGCCUUGAAUCAAUACCUCAUCUACCCUUCCCUUACGGUCGCUCUUUCAGCUGUGUGGAUCGCCUACGUCGCCUACGUCUACAGCAUGUUUGGCCCAACGGCCGGCAAUCCCCGCUCCCUCUUCUACUGGCUCACCCUCUGCUGGCUCCCCUUCUUCGCCCUGCUCGCCGCGACGACCUACUCAACCACCUCCGCCGCCAACCUUGCCUCUCGCGGACGACAACCCCAUUCCCACCGUCUCGGACCUUUCACGAGCGCAGCCAUGUUCACCAUCCUCCUCCCUGUUCUCCUAGGCCUCGUCCUCGCCAUCGGCAUCUGGACAGGCUCGCGAUGGCACCGCUUUGCGAGUCGAUGGGAGGAAGUGUACGACUUCCUCGGACAGCAGGCGGCGGCUUACUCGGGCGGAGCGCUGGAUCCCGCUCGAGUGAAGCAGGCGGAUGCGAUGCUCGGCGCACGAUGCGCGACGGCGAUGAAGGCGAAGGAUGCGUUGUUGACGAACAGUAUCGUCUACAUCGUCGCGGCGGUCGUUCUCGUCGCCCUCAACCUAUUCAGCGGCAUCUACCUCCUCUCGACUCUCCGCUACAUCGACGACCGCCAACUCAUCGUUCCUCGCGGCACUCCCCUCGUCGCGCCUCUCCAGCCGCUCCCUUCCUCAACCCUCAAUGGCGCCGACCCGACUCUCGCCGACGUCACUGAAGCAGGCCAGCCUACCGCCGCAUGGGAAGCAGCAGCCGAAGCCGAGGUGUCGAAGCUCAAGGUGCACCGGCUGAGAUGGGACGUGACGCUCUUCUUCAUGUCGGUCGUCCCGUCCUGUCUUGCCUUCAUUGGCUAUACGGCGUGGCUCGGGACGCAGAUGAUUGCCAUCAUGAGCGACGCUGGGAAGUACGAGUUUGCGACACUCGGCAUGAUCUGGAUCUACGCCUUUGUCUCGCUCGUCUGCCUCUCAGCUCUCACCAUCAAGACCCUCCUCUCGCUCCGCCUCUCCGCACGAAGGCGACUCGAACCCGUCCCUCCCUCCGUUGAGUCGCAAUCAACGCGGCGAUACCGACCGACGGAGCAAGUCCGACCACGCGACUGGGCGGAAGAGCAGGAGGAGUAUGGUGUUGGAAGCCAGCAGGAAGAGUGGCGAAGAGGUGAUUACUCGUGGGAUGAGAAGCGGGGCGGGGAACGACCGCCGAACGAGUGA